AUGAUAUUAUUACUACAAAAUGCUAUUCAAAUGUUUCAAGAUUUACAUUCAAAAGGAUUUAUAAAUUCCUUACUCACCUAUAAAACUAGCCAAGACCAUAUUGAGACUACAUUUAGUGCAAUCAGAAGCAGAUUAGGGUACAAUAAUAAUCCAACUUGUAGACAAUUUAAAGAAGCAUAUAAACGAAUAUUAGUUCAUAGUGAAAUUGUUGGAUCUCAAUUUGGCAACUGCGCUUUAUUAGAUAAUACUAAACAUUUAACAGUUGAUUCUUCUGUAAAAGAAAAAGAAUUAGUAUUUAAAAUAAACGAUACCUGGAUACCAAAUAGCCAUCUUUUGGAUCAUGAUUAUUUUGAUUCAUACAUGAAUAUCACAAAAUUUGUUGAAGACACUUCAGAAUAUAUUGCAGGAUUUGUUGUGAAAAAAAUAUUAAAACUAAUUGCCAAGCUUCACUAA